AUGGCGAGAAACGCAAUCCAACCGAGUUUCGACUUCUUUACGGGAGAAGAGCGGUCACCACCACGACAACCCCUGCGCGAGACUUUCCGCCAGUCCACAGCGACAGUUGCGCGCUCAGACAUUGCCAAUGAAUCGUUACGCGCCCAGCUGAACACUCUGCAAUACGAACUCGACUCGCUAAAACAGGAAAAGGAGCUCACCGCUCUCCAGCAAGCCAGCGAGAUCCGCGAUGCUGAGCAGCGCGCAGAGCGUGACUUCAAGAGAGCCCAGGCUGCAGAGACGGCCGCACAACAAAGCUCCAAAAAGCUCGAUCAACUCACUCGCGAAUUGAGCGAUAUCGAGAAUCGACACACCAAUGACAAGAUCCAGCUGGAACGCAAGAUCCGGACCCUACAGGACGACAACCAGAGCCUCAGAGAGGACCUUGAAGAUGCCGAGUCGCGCCUCUCAUCAUCAGAACGAGAACACCAACAUGGUUUGAACGACCUCGAAGCAAGACACGCAGCCUUGCAGGCUUCGUUUGAAGAAGCCCAAAGAGAUCUGGAGUCAAAGGUCUCGACUCUGCAGUCAACACAACAGCGUUUGUCGCAACGCGAAUCAGAGAAUGGCAACCUUGAAAAUGAGAUUCUUCGACUCAAGGCUCAGACGGGCGACUCGGACACUCUGGCAAUCAUCAAGCGCGAGCUUUCUGAGCAAGUUGCACACAUCAAGAGACUGGAAUCUGCCAACCGCGACCAAACUUCCGAGCUCAAGCAAUUGCGCAAAGCUCACAAGAGUGUCGAAAUCGUCCAGGAAGAGAAGCGUGCUCUGGAACAGAAAGUCCGUGCCAUGGAAGAUUUGCGCAAGGAACUGGCCGAGGCACAAUUGCAGAAGCAGAUCCUCGAGGACGAGAAGCGUAGCUGGACGAGUUACUUAGAGAGCGAGGCUGCUGGAAGGGAAGAGAUGGUAUUUGACUCGCCAGAGGACAUGGCCAAGGCUUUCGUAAACGAGCGCUUGGAGAGGAUCACUUUGAUGGAAAAGCUGGGCGCCUUACAGCCUGAACUGACUGUGCGUGAUGAUAACAUCAAGACACUCGAAGACGAGAAGAUUCAACUCCGCGCCGAAAUCGAGAAGUUGAAGGAAGCCGGCACUUCAUCAUCAAACUCAGUUCCUGCCGAUGCAAAAGCUCGUGCACGCCUCGAACGCCAAAAGAAUCUGGCAAUCAAGGAGGUCGAGUAUCUUCGAGCUCAGAUGAAGGCAUUUGAAGCUGAGGAGCACGAGUUUUCACCAGAAACGUCGAACCAAGAGGAGAAAAAGCGUAUCCAAGAGCUCGAGACACUCAUUGAUCAGUACCGCUCCGAAGUAGAGACACUGUCGGCAGAGAUGAAGCAACUCGAAAGCAGCGCUCCUGUCGCUGCGCCGACGCAAACUCUGAAGCGUCCACAUCCAGAAGAGUCAGACGAAAGGUUAGGCGAGCUGCGCCGUAAGGCCCGCACGCUCCAAGAUGAUCUGACAGCACUGCAAACCCGCUACGCGACCACCGAGACGGAGUUGAAAGCCAAGACGAGCCAAUUGAAUGCUCUGCGUGAGUCUUCACGGACGAGAGUGCUCGAGCUACGUGACAAUCCGACCGCCCAAGCUGAAGGCAUCAAAAUGGCAACCAUCCGCACACUGAAAGAAGAAAAUGCGGCAUUGCUGGAACAACUCGAAGGACGACCAAAUGGUGCGACAAAGGUCGUCCCUAUCAGCACGCUCGACCACGCCCGCCUUCAGAUGAGCGAACUUGAAGCUACAAUUGCUCAACGCGACAAGAAACAACAGCGUCUGAAAUCAAUCUGGUCUGCCAAAUUCCUCGAGUUUGCAGAGGCCGUCGCAGCAACACUAGGUUGGAAAGUGGUCUUCCAACCGAAUGGUCGCUUCAAGGUCACCUCUAUCUUGUACCCGACGUCCAUCAACAAAGACGGCGAAGAAGAGGAAAACUCCAUCCUUUUCGACGGCGAGAAAGGCACUAUGAAGGUGUCUGGUGGCACGGAAAGUGUAUUUGCUAAUGAGAUACGUCCACUCAUUGAGUUCUGGGUCGAUGGAAGGAAGGAGAUUCCAUGUUUCCUGGCCGCUUGUACGUUGGAGUUUUACGACAAGACGACCAGAGCUGCGGAGAUAUAA